CUGCAGCAGGUUUGGGAACACUAUCAGGGUAUUUUCCCCUGUGUGCAGCUCAGCGAGUUUGGAUCCUGAAACCAUGAGCCAGUGCCCCUUUGCGGGGAAGAAUUACCUAUUUAAUUUUAGCAAGCUAUCUUUGGAAGAUGAAAAUAAUGACAAAUCUCAAGAAGGCAUAAAUAAAGCCAGCAAAGGUGGGCUUAUCUAUGGAGAAUACCUACAACUGAACAAAAUAUUGAAUGCUCAAGAACUUGAGAGUGAGAAGAAAGGGAAAAAAAUCCAUGAUGAGCAUCUUUUCAUUGUGACACAUCAAGCAUAUGAACUUUGGUUUAAGCAGAUUUUGUGGGAAAUGGAUUCUGUGCGAGUGAUCUUUCAAAAUGGUCAUGUAAGAGAUGAGAGGAACAUGCUGAAGGUUAUUACUCGAAUGAACAGAAUUUCACUGAUUCUGAAAUUACUUGUGGAACAGUUCUCAGUUUUGGAAACUAUGACUGCAUUGGACUUCUUUGAUUUCAGGUACUACCUAAGCCCAGCCUCGGGGUUUCAGAGCCUGCAGUUUCGCUUGCUGGAGAACAAGAUUGGAGUUCCCCAAAGCCUGAGAGUGCCUUAUAACAGAAGGCAUUACCGUGAUAACUUCAAGGGACAGGAUCAUGAACUGCUGCUUCAAUCAGAGCAAGAACCAACACUACUGCAACUUGUGGAGGCAUGGCUGGAAAGAACUCCGGGACUUGACUCAGAAGAAUUUGAUUUCUGGGGACAAUUUGAAGAGAAUGUUUUAAAAGGCCUAGAAGAGGAAUUUGCCUUGAUACAGGCCAAAGCAGAAUCAGAAGAAAAAGAUGACUUACUGUCUGAAUUCCAAAAGCAGAGAGACAUUUUACUUUCAUUGUUUGAUGAAAAACGCCAUGAACAUCUGCUCAGUAAAGGAGAGAGGAGACUGUCCUACAAAGCACUGAAGGGGGCCUUGAUGAUCUACUUCUACAGGGAGGAGCCUCGUUUCCAGGUUCCAUUUCAGCUUCUUACCUCCCUUAUGGAUCUUGAUGUGCUCAUGACUAAAUGGAGAUAUAACCACGUCUGCCUGGUGCACAGAAUGAUUGGUGGCAAGGCUGGCACUGGAGGCUCCUCAGGCUACCACUACUUGCGUUCCACCGUGAGUGACAGAUACAAGGUGUUUGUGGAUUUGUUCAAUCUUUCAACAUUUCUAGUGCCAAGACACUGGAUACCAAAGAUGAACCCAAGCAUUCAUAAAUUCCUUUACACAGCAGAAUACUGUGACAGCUCCUACUUCAGCAGUGAUGACUCUGACUAACCUGCCUUUCUGGGCUGUUGCUGUAAACAACCUCCUGACUUUCACCUUCAGUGGUGCUCCCAGCCAUUCCCACCAAGAUUGUGGGUGUGUAAAUAUGUAUUUAUGUAUGACAGCUUUGUGAAUAGAACAAUUGUCCUGUGGAAGAAAUUACUUGCUUGUAGAGAAAAUAAAUCUGUAUUGAGAUAGCCUGUGUUAAGAGUAAAAUGAUACCCCAACUCAACCCAGGGCAAAUUUAACUCUUGGCUGGCUUCUUAAAGCCUGCACUUAGAGAAAGGGAGAAAAGUACAUGCAGUUAUUAUGAUCAUGACUUAUUUGUACAUAUUUUUGUAUUUGCUUGUUUGCCUAAUGGCUGCUACUAAUUUAUGACUACUUAAGGAUAUAAUCAAUCUCAUCACCUUCAGAAGAAUAUUCGUUUCUGAGCUCUAAUGCAAUUUCAAAAAGAAUUUUGGGUUAAAAGUUUCCAAAGCUAGAUUCAAAAACUAAGUCCUGAAUCUACAGAAACCAAACCAUCCUGAACUUAUAAUACAUCAAGAAUCAUGUUUCUAUCUCUUUACAUGUGAAUGUAAAUCCCUUACACAUACUUAUUUGCAUUCCAAAUAAAGCAGUAUUAAAGCUCA